CGGGGCAGGGGCGUGCCGGGUGACUUCGGGAGGCUACAGGAGGCGGCGGUCGGUGGCCAGCGGAGUUUCCGAGCAGCCGAGCAGCCUCCAUGUCCACCGCCAGCUGUUGGCGACCACCCCCGCCGCAGGGGCAGACGCUGGGCAGGGACAUCCCCGCCACGCGGCUGAGUCUCCCCGAUGGGGUCCCACUCCUCCCCGGAGACUACAGCACCACGCCGGGCGGGACGCUCUUCGGAACUACGCCGGGGGGUACCAGAAUCAUUUAUGACCGUAAUUUUUUAAUGGAGUGUCGCAAUUCUCCAGUUGCCAAAACACCACCAUGUCAUCUUCCCGACAUUCCAGGCGUUACAAGUCCUAGUGGAAAGGAACUUGGAUCUGUGACCAGUCAUGCCCACAAUGAGGAGGAGAAACCAGGCAUAGGUGAGGAAGCCCAGUUUGACAUGGAUAUCUAAAGCUUCUGUUUCUGAGAAUUCGAGGGUGUUUUUUCCCCUCUCCAGUGGAGACACAGAAUCAGCAGUGCUUCCAAAACAAGUGAGACUUGUAGAAUAGUCCACGCUUCGCAAAGCUUUCCGACCUGGAAGGUCCACUCACUUUUAUUUUUUAACGCGGAAGAAGGGAAGACGAUUUCCUGUUGCGUAAGGAGUGAAAACGGUGACCGAUUUCUCUGUAUAGGAUGGCGGUGCUGCCAGCAUCAGCAUAAGAGAGUGGAAUGCUUUAACUUCUGUGUCUUGAAUCCUUGUGCCUUUUAUUCGUUCGUCAGUAUCCAUUGCUUUGAAGGCAAGGAACUGGAUGUAAGGAGAUAAAUAAAAUCAUGAUGGAUAUGGA